AUGGUGAAAUGGGCAACACUUCUCUUCGGAGCUCGCGAGAGGGACUCACCACAUCACCAUGGCGAGACACGGAGAUUACUUCCCGCGCACAGCUCUGACCUCCCGCCAUCUGCCUUUCCCGCCAAAGAAGUCACCAAAGUUGCGCUCCGAUUGAAGUAUCAGAUCGAGGAAGUCAUCCCCAUCGAGCUCCCUGAAGAGAAAGUCAUAGCCGCCAACAGCUCUGUGAUAACCCAGAAGGUGGUACAAACCGCCAAGGAAGCGGGCGGUACUGACUAUGCGGCAUGUGUGGUAUAUUGUCUACUCGUGUGCAAGAGAUGGUUCACCAGACAAGCCAAUCUGGAGCUUUGGGAUGCAGACUUGCACCACGUUCGUGCAAAGGCCUGUGAAAUGAUCGCCAAACGCAUCAUCGAGGCCGAGGAUGACCAAGAGUAUCUGAUGCAAGACAUCCUCCUCAAGCGAUACUCCGUCCUCCGUAAAGACGAAGAGACGGUCCCGCAAAAUGUCAUUGAGAGAGCCGUCGACCUCCACUGCCUGAUCGUCAUUGGAUCCUCUGGCUACCAGAAGUGCGUCAAGUACCUUUGGAGAGGUUGGAUUCACCAGGACGACAAGGACCCCGGCAGGUUCGUCUUUUACAAGGACCGGGACAACACCAAUUACUGGGUCCAUCUGAACCCCGACCGCAUGCGCACGCCCUUGUACCAGAACGCCCUGCAAAUCUCGAUAUCCAUUCUCUAUCUAGCCCUGUAUACCGGUGCAGUCAACACCGUGAACGAAGACGGCGACCUGGACGUCGUCGAAGGCAUCCUCUAUGUCAUGACGUUGGGCUUCAUCUGCGAUGAAGUUGGUAAAUUCUGGAAAGUCGGCAUCUGGUAUUUCGGCUUUUGGAAUGCCUUCAACAAUUGCCUCUAUGCCCUGCUUACUGCCUCCUUUAUAAUCCGCAUGAUCGCGCUCGGCCAUUCCCCAGACGAGAAUGACGACAAGCGUCGCCAACUCAACCGAUUGGGCUAUCACAUAUUCUGUGUUGCCGCGCCCAUGUUCUGGGGCCGCCUCCUCCUGUACCUGGACACGUUCCGCUUCUUUGGUGCCAUGCUGGUCGUCCUGAAAGUCAUGAUGCGCGAAUCGAUCAUCUUCUUCGCGCUCCUCCUGGUUGUUUGCGUAGGCUUUCUUCAGGCUUUCAUCGGUCUCAACCAAGUCGAGGGAAACGCCAGCAUCACCAGCUUCAUCAUCACCGCCAUGGCCAACUCCGUCAUGCAAUCACCCGAUUUCGAGGGCUUUGACAACUAUGCUCAUCCCUUCGGCCUCAUACUAUAUUAUAUAUUCACAUUUGUCGUCAUGGUGAUCCUGCUCAAUAUCCUGAUCGCAUUAUACAACAGUGCGUAUGAAGAUAUCACGCAGAACGCGAUCGAUGAGUACAUGGCCAUGUUUGCGCAAAAGACAUUACAAUUCGUCCGUGCCCCAGAUGAAAAUGUCUUCAUCGCGCCUUUCAACCUAAUUGAGUUGUUCUUUCUGAUAAUUCCGUUUGAAUGGUGGAUGGACCCAUAUCGCUAUGAACGAUUGAAUAACUAUGUCAUGGGCGUCAUCUAUUCGCCCCUUUUAUUGAUCACGGCUGGUCUGGAGGCUGUGGAUGCCCGCAGCGUGCGAAGCAAUAGGAGCCGAGGAGAGGAGGAUGACGACACGGUUGAAGAAUGGGAAGAACUUGCGGGUGAAUUGAAUUUUGAAUCCGAAGGAUGGGACAAAAAGGUUCAGUCCUCAAGACCCGUGGUCGAGGUCGAUGCCGAUGUCGUCGAGAUAAGACAGCUGAAGGAGCAGGUUGAUGAAUUGCAACGGAUGGUAAGGGCGUUGAGUCCUGAAGCUGACGGCGAGGGCAGUCACUGA